AUGGCUGCGGAGGAUGCGGCCGCGCGGUCCCGAACCGGAGCCCUGCUCUCACGCGGGGCUCCGCUCUCUCCCUCCCGCCUGCUGCUGCUCUCCCUCUCCGCCUGCACUCUGCUCCCCGCCCCGGCGCUCGGCUUGCUCGGCUUUCGGCCUGAGGAGACCGGGGCGGAGCUGUCCGUGGCGGACGGGGUGCUGAAAGCCACCGAGGGAACCCGCUUCAUGCUGCGGGUUUAUUACUCCACCUCCCCGCAGAGGCUCAACCGCACCGCAGGGACUCGCGCCAACAACGCCGCGCCCUGGAUCGCCUUCAUCGAGGAGCCAACUCCCGGGCGAGAGGGACAAGUUCACCCGAAGCGGAACAUGUGCAUGGACAAGAACACCAGGACGUCCGACAUCGAGGUUUUAGGUUCUUUCAAGUCUGCGUCCAGUCAGAACUCAGUUCUUGUGGAGCUGCUGGCCAAGGACCUGCGGAAGGGGGAGAAGAUCAAAUACUACUCCAUGUGCGCCUUUGACGGAUCCAAAUGGGAACACUACCGGACAAGGGAUUUCUGGGUGGCCGUGGUGGAGCGCGCGGCUGUCCCGGAGCUCUGGUUGCAGGUGUUGGUGUCCGUCCUGCUGCUCGCGCUGUCAGCUCUUUUCAGCGGGUUGAACCUGAGCCUUCUGGCGCUAGACCCAGUGGAGCUUCAGGUCCUCCAGAACAGCGGCACCGACAAAGAGCAGAACUACGCGCGGAAAAUCGAGUCGGUUCGUCGGCAUGGUAACUACGUCCUCUGCACUUUACUGCUGGGGACCGCAAUCAUCAACGCCUCGCUCGCCGUGUGGGUGUGCCAGAUCCUGGGCAUGACCUGGCUCUCCACGGUCAUCUGCGCCUUCGGGAUUUUCUUCAUCGGGGAGAUCCUUCCACACUCUGUGGCGUCCCGUCACGGUCUGGCCAUCGCCUCCAAAACCAUCUGGGUGACGCGGCUGCUGAUGGUGCUCUCCUUUCCCAUCUCCUACCCCAUCAGCAAACUGCUGGACCUCAUCCUCAACCAGGAGAUCUCCAUCUUUUACACCCGAGAGAAACUCCUGGAGAUGCUGCGCGUCACCGACCCGUACCACGACCUGGUCAAAGAGGAGCUCAACAUCAUCCAGGGAGCGUUGGAACUACGCACCAAAACCGUGGAGGACGUCCUGACGCCGCUGUCCGACUGCUUCAUGCUGGCCUCGGACGUCGUGCUGGACUUCAACACCAUGUCGGAUAUCAUGCAGAGUGGAUACACGAGGAUACCGGUGUUCGAGAACGAGCGGUCCAACAUCGUGGACAUCCUUUUCGUCAAAGACCUCGCGUUUGUGGACCCGGACGACUGCACCCCGCUGAAGACUAUCACCCAGUUCUACAAACACCCGCUGCACUUCGUCUUCAACGACACCAAACUGGACGCCAUGCUGGAGGAGUUCAAGAAAGGGAAGUCCCACCUCGCCAUUGUGCAGCGAGUAAACAACGAGGGCGAGGGCGACCCUUUCUAUGAGGUGCUGGGAAUCGUCACCCUGGAGGACAUCAUCGAGGAGAUCAUCAAGUCAGAGAUCCUGGACGAGACAGACCUCUACACUGAUAAUCGCUCAAAGCGCCGUGUUUCUCACCACGAGCGCAAGCAGCAGGACUUCUCCAUCUUCAAACUGUCAGAGAACGAGAUGAAAGUGAAGAUUUCUCCUCAGCUUCUCCUGGCAACGCAUCGCUUCCUCUCCACAGAGGUGGAGCCCUUCAAACCAGGUCAUAUCUCAGAGAAGAUCUUGUUGAGGCUGAUCAAACACCCCAGUGUGGUUCAGGAUCUCAAGUUUGAUGAGAAAAACAAGCGAGCAACACAGCACUUCCUUUUCCAGCGCAACAAACCUGUGGACUACUUCAUCCUGGUGCUGCAGGGUAGAGUUGAGGUGGAGUUUGGUAAAGAGGCGCUGAAGUUUGAGAAUGGAGCUUUUUCUUACUUUGGGGUACCUGCCAUCAUGCCAACAGUCCACAGAUCCCCCUCUCGCAGCAGUGGUUUGGACCGCUCUGAGUCUAUGCCGUACGGAGGAAGCAUGGGCCAACUGAACGGAGGGGGGAACGUCUACCUGCCAGACUACUCUGUCAGACAGCUCACACAUCUACAGAUCAUCAAGAUCACCCGGAGCCACUACCAGAACGCUUUAACAGCCACCCGGAUGGACAACUCUCCUCAGACGCCUGAUGCUGACACCCGUCUGACAGAAGGCAACACCCUGAUACCGGAGCCUCCGACAACGGAACACGGGGCCACCCUAAUGCCCCCGCAGCCCACCACCACCACCCUCAUGCCCCCACCCAGAGAGCAGGGCCGGCCCAGCUCAGCCCGAACCCGAGGACAGCAGUCCAGCGUCCCACACAGCACCUCGCUGCUGAACGAGAAGAACCGCAUCGUCCGUAGUAAGUCGGAUGGCCAGAAGAGUCCCAGUGAUUCAGUGUUUCUCCGGAUGGAUGAGAUCCCCUACAUCAGAGAGGACAGAUCGGAGACUGACACACACACUGACAUGGCCUCCAUUCCCAUAGAAACGGACACAUCUCCUUUCAUCAGCAGCCUCUCGCUGAGUGGCUCAGAGGACACACUCGGCAAGAAACUCCUGCUCAAACUCAGCCACAAGAAGAGGAAAAAAUCCCGCGAAGGAGAGAAAACACCAGAGGACAUUUCAGAACAGCCUCUGGUGAAAACCUAGCAGUGUGUGUAUGAAACAGACCCGAACACUCCAUCAUCUGAUGGUUCUUCAAGUGGUUUGCAAAGACAAAUGUGGCUGCUGAACUACAGAUAUCAGAGUUUUAUCUGAAAACAACACCCUCCGAACCCACUGUAGGAGAUUAUAAAGAGGUCUCAUCUCCAGUAAUGUACUGAACACGUGGAUGGAAGACACCAUCUUGUCAAAGUGCAGGGGUGUGCAGCAUUGGCAAUAUGCAUUAAACCGUAGUUUCUGAUCUUAACAGGUUUUUCAUGCUGAUGCUCGUAUAUAAACAAAUGACUGUGAAUGUAAAAGAUUUGUAGUAAUAAUAGGUUUUUAUACACUAUAUACUCUCCUCAUGCGAUCACU